AACCCCCCCAAUGGUAUAUAUCUCACGGUAACUGGGACUUUCCGCACUGACCACUAGAGGUCGCAAGACUUGUGUGUUUUGUGAUGUAUGAUAGUUAUAAAACGUUAAACUAAAGAUGUUCCCAUUAAAUCUAAAAUGUCAUGGUGUUCUAGUAACUUGCUACUGUAAAAGGUAUAGCAAAGAUUCAGAUCAUGAUCGGUGAAGUGCAUCAUUGUAUAUGAUCCUUUAAUGCAGUUGAAGUGUAAUUCUGCCUAUAAAGGCCUUUGGUCCCAGUGAAGGUCAAUCGAUGCAACUGUAUCUCCACAGAAUGAUUCCCAACACAGGAUCUGCUCAACACAAAUGCAAAGAGGCUACAAGAGACAGUUUACAUGCUGACUGGGAUAUGAGGUUUGUGUGAGUCUCCCUGGCAACAGGCUGUAAACUCAAAUCUGCUUCAGGCAAAGACGCAACGAAGACAAAGGACUGACCCUUAAAAGACAAGGACGUAAACACAGGAACUGAUUUAACUUCAUUUAACUCAAACAUUUCAAUCCAGAGAAGUACAGACACAGAACACUGGAGCAUGAGUAAACAUGAAAGAAGCAGAUUUGUGGAGCAUCUGUUGAAGGAAGAGCUCGAGGCUGUGACUCUGGGGCUGGAGCAGGGAAUCUACUCCUGGGAAGAAAUUGACCUGCCUCAUGAUUCACAAGGCUGCACACCCCUUAUCAGUGCCUGCAGGAGGGGUCUAACUAGGGUGGUACAUUUCCUUCUGGAAAGAGGAGCCGAUGCUACACUGUGUAACCAUAGCAACCAGACAGCUCUUCAUGUUAGUCAACCAGCACUCCAGGGGGAGCUGUUGAUGGCUAUGAUCAGAAACGUACCGCAUCAGAGGCAGCUCUCACUAGCAGCCUGGUGGGGAGAUCUCUGCUGUCUACAGGACCUGAUGGCCCAGGCAGAUUUGAUGGACUUAAAUAAACAGAACAGAGAUGGACUGACCCCACUGAUGCUGGCUGUAAGGGAUGUGGAUCUGUUUGAACGGCUGGAGAUGCCAUGGGACUAUCAACCUGUGGAAGUGGUGAAGGAACUUAUGUCACUUCCGGUUGACCUGAAGAUCCUUGAUCGGAGAGGUCACACUGCUCUGUGGUACGUCUCUCAGAUCAAGAGCACCGAGAAGGAAGAUCUCUUUAGAAUAAUGGAGUCUUCAAUGCAAACAGAAACAGUAUUCACUUGUCUGGACAGCACUUGGCCAGCGAGUCCUGCUGUACCCUCCAGCUGCUCUCCUACACAUGGCUUUUGCACACCAGUUUCAGAUGGGAUGAAGAAAGAAUCAGCUGAGAUUAUCAUUGCACAGAAGAACCAUGCAGACAUCCACCAAGAUAACAGGAUUUGCUUUGAGGGCUGUAUGGAGCCAAAGAUAGACAUCAGACAAGAUGGCAGAGAUGAGAGGAAACGAAGCAGUCGGACUUCAUCUUUACCCAGCCUAUGGAACAGCAGAAAAGACUGGGGCAAAAUAAGGCCCUUGCAUCCAUCACUCAGUUUGACUUCCUCCUCAAUACCUGUUCUUCCUGCUGCUCAUGUCACUCAGCUCAGCAAGUCGGCACCAACGCUGAUGGACCCUCUUCUUGAUGCAAGUGUGCUGCUGCAAGCACGGGCUAACAUUCAUAACAGGCUUAGAGGUGUUGGCACAGGGGAUGACAAUAACAGGCAAAAGACACCACCUACUCUCUGUUCAAGGACACCCAAACAUCUUGCUCCGCUAGACAAUAAAUACACGGAUGGUCCUGCACGUUCAAGUCUUGAGCACCCACUGCUCUUAAAACAAAGCAGCAUUUUGCCCAUCUCAUCACAAUCCAGACGAAGAUUGGAAAGGAUCUCCAGCCAGUCUUCCAGAAGAUCCAGAGGCACCAGAGCAGGCAGUGAAGAGAGCAACUCCUGCAGCAGUAGUAGCCAAGAAGAGGAUGAGACUGUGCCUCAAGAUGCACACAAGAUACAUGUGGGCUUAGAGAAGUCACUGAAUUUGGAAUUAGGGACCUAUUUGGAUUUUCAGGAUUUAGUCAGUUCUGUUAUUAACAAUACCACAAAAGAUAAAAACAAUGUAAUUUCAGACAACAGUAAAGGCUAUGCAGCUAUCGAAUCGAUUACUGUUAGGGAGGUUGAGGCUAAAACGAGACGCAAGUCUUCCAAAACAACAAAGGAUCUUCAAGAAAGGUGUCCAACUAUGGACUGCUGCUCUGUUUCUGAAGGACACAACAGCAUAGUCAGAGAAAUACAACCUAUGGUCAGAGAAUUGUGUUUUAUCGCAGGUGAGAAGCACCUCACCACUGUGGAUAUUAGUGUAGUAGAACCAACUACACAUGAAAAGAACAAACCAGUUAAGAUAACCAAAGGAAAUGACAGGAAGGUCAAACCAUCUAUUCAGACAAAUCAGUCAUUCAAUGUUCUGGCACACAGAAAUCAAAGUACUGUUAAAAGUACAAAGAACAGGAUAAAUUCACCAAUUCAAUCAAAGCUGCAGCUUAGAGAAAGUAAACCCACAAGCCUAGCAAUUGCAGGAGAGACUGCUAACAAAUAUUUGCCAAGAGCACCUACAAUGGCUUGCAAAAAAACUGCAGAUGAAGCCUCAACAACAAGAAGGGUCUCUGAACCUUUUCAGCACAUAAGGUCAAGUGAUGACAAGAAAGUAAGCAAUUACAGUCAAAAGCAAAUUCACAGAGAUCCGAGAAGUGCAAGAGCAUCCAAAAAGCUUGCAUCAGGAGCAGCACAGCGAGCAAGGUCUGCUGUCGAUUAUGUCACUUACAAUGACAUGUUUCUGAAGAUCAGUCAGGGAGAUGAAGGUCCAGCAAUCUAUGAAAUGUUUGCAACUCCAAUUUAUGAAAAUCUUAGAGCAGACAGUUCUGCGGAGAGAGCCAGACAGGUUCAUACAGCACUUCAAGUUAAAAGACAGAUAAAUGGAAAACUGAGGGGCCAAAAAACUGUGGAGGUUAACCGAAGGAAGCAAGCUCAAUCUGAGAGAUCCAGUCGAGCUAAGUGCAGGCAUCUCAAGCGGAGGGAUAAUGUUACCAAAGGGAUGAAGAAACAGCCACCCUCUUCAGAGAAUAAAUGCCAUGUAAUUGUAACUUCUGUUUGUGGAACUGUCCAGCAGAACAAAUUUGAAAUGCCCAUCAUCAAGGGUGAUGGGAGGGAAAUUUCUAGCAUAGAAAAACAAUGUACCUCCAUACUAUCAGUGAUUGAAGAAGUACUUUCCAGCACUGUGCCCAAAACAAAUCUCAUUAAGGACAUAAUACAUCUAGAACAGACUCCAAUGGAUGCAGGUGUGAAAAGUGAACCUGAAAUAUCAUGUGUGAGCAGAUUGCCAACACAGCAGCCCCUGAUCAAUACCUGGACAAGUGACGGAAAGGUAUCACCCGUGUACCAGAGGUUUUUAGAUGAGGCCAGUGAUGGUCCUCUCACAGAUGACCUGCUGCGGUCUUUGGCAGAGGAGUUGAUCUUGCUCGAGAGAAGAGACGCUGAAACACUCAAGACUGAAAAGGAAGUUGGCAUAGAGUUUAAACAUAACUUGCCUUCAAAAUUUAAGACAUUUUUAAAUGAGGGUGUUUCCUCAGGUGAACUGCAUAACACUAUCGGAUCUUGCUCACAUGAUGCUAUCUCAUGGACAAAAGGAGAGGUUCUAGGUAAAGGAGCUUAUGGGACAGUGUAUUGUGGGCUAACCAGUCAAGGUCAGCUGAUUGCAGUAAAACAGGUGGCACUGGAUGCUUCAACUUCAGAGAUGGCAGAAAAAGAGUAUGAUCGCUUGGAGAGAGAGGUGGAUCUUCUUAAGAACCUUCAUCACACUAACAUUGUUGGUUUCUUGGGAACAGCUCUCUGUGAGAAUACUAUUCUGGAAGGUGUUGCCUAUCUUCAUGGCAACAGGGUCAUCCAUAGAGAUCUGAAGGGGAACAACAUCAUGCUUAUGCCCACUGGAGUGAUCAAGCUAAUCGACUUUGGUUGUGCUCGUCGACUUAGCUGUCUUCAGACUUCAAAUGGAAGUAAGAGUGACCUUUUGAAGUCUGUGCAUGGUACCCCAUACUGGAUGGCACCAGAGGUGAUAAGUGAGACAGGUCAUGGACGAAAAUCAGACAUUUGGAGCAUUGGCUGCACUGUGUUUGAAAUGGCUACAGGGAAACCACCCCUUGCACACAUGAACAAGAUGGCAGCCCUUUUUUACAUUGGAGCUCGAAAGGGCUUAAUGCCUUCUCUGUCCGAUGACUUCUCUACACAUGCAAAGCACUUUGUCCAGGCUUGCCUAACCAGAGAUCCAAGGCAACGACCGUCAGCAGAGGAACUGUUAAGACAUCCAUUCAUCUCUCAUGACAGUCAAGCCGGCAAUGGACCAGUGAACUGAAAACUUAUUCACCAAAUCAAAAGUGACUUUAAAACAAUGAUACAAAAAAAAAAAUUUACAUUGUGACAACAUAAUUUGACAUGGAGAAAAUAUAAUUUAUAAAAACACA